AUGCCUGCCUUCUCAGUAAGUGUAGACCACCCUCCUCUCGUUGCAAGCUGCACAUGGUCGCUGCUGGCUGCGCCGACAUCGCUUCCCGAGGUUCUGACACUCUUUGCUCAACAGCGUCUUGUUCGCUUCCUCGCCAGAGAUGGCCACACGUACUAUGGUGAUGCUAUACUCCCAAACGGGGUUACGGACAUCGCGAAAACCAAGCGAGCUCGGGUUGUUACCGGUGAUAUAUUUGGACAGCAUCAAGUCACAGACCAAGUGGCUGACGUCCGCCUUUUGCUACCACCCUUGGAUCCCGCCCACGUCAAGACAGUCCGAUGUCUUGGCUUAAACUAUGCCGACCACGCCAAAGAGACAAAAAUGCCUCAGCCCCAAUACCCAAUUCUUUUCUAUAAGCCUGCUACAUCGCUCUCAGGCCCAUCUGAUCCGAUUCCCGUUCCACAUGUGGCCCAGGAGGGCACUGGCUUGGAUUACGAGUGCGAGUUGGUCAUAGUAAUCGGAAAGAGAGCUACCGACGUUUCCGAAUCAGAGGCUCUUGAUUAUGUUCUUGGGUACUCCGUAGGCAACGACGUAUCACAUCGAGAUUGGCAGAUCAAGCGAGGAGGAGGCCAGUGGUCGCACGGCAAGGGAUUCGACGGCUGGGCUCCUUAUGGCCCAGGUAUUGUUACCACUGACGUGAUAAAGGAUCCUCACCAGUUGAAGAUUUGGACCAAGGUCAAUGGUGAAACCCUUCAGAAUGGAUCAACUGCGGAUUUGAUUUUUGGAGUAAGGAAGACCGUCUCCUUACUGAGUCGUGGCGUGACACUUCUGCCGGGGGACAUCAUUUUCACAGGAACGCCCGCGGGUGUCGGGAUGGGCAGGAGUCCUCAGGUUUGGCUCAAAGAUGGGGAUGUUGUUGAAGUUGGUCUGGAACAAGUUGGAACCUGGUAA